AUGUGGGCCUGGGCACUGUGGCUGCUGCCCCUCCUCUGCAGACCCACCGGGGCAGCUCUGCCGGCGAAGCCCGAGAACAUCUCCUGCGUCUACUACUACAGGAGAAACUUCACGUGCACCUGGAGUCCGGAGAGAGGCGACAACCACACGUGGUACCAGGUGACGAGAAACCGCACCCUUGGAAAAGUCAUCGACUCCUGUAAUUCCACAAGUGAGGGUCCUGCUUCCUGCUCUUUCUUCCAUCUGGUCUCGUACCCAGAAACGUACACCAUUCGAGUGCAAGCUCAGAACGCGGAUGGGACGGCCGAGUCCGAUGUCACCGUUUGGGACUUGGGUGAGACAUUAAAAGUCGGACCACCCGUGAAUCUCAGCGUGCAGCCAGUGCCGGGCGUCAAGCGGAUGCUUUGCGUACAGUGGGUGAGGCCCACGCUGGCCCCCCUCUCGGUGGGUCUCAAUUACACGCUCCGAUUCAGAGCCAACGAGAGUGACCUCUGGACGGAGGUCAGCUUCGAGGAGGUGGACGGGGGCCACGGCUACAACCUCACGGGGCUGCGGGCGUUCACGCGGUACAUCGUGGCUCUGCGCUGCGUGGCUUCCGAGUCCAGGUUCUGGAGUGGCUGGAGCCAAGAAGUGACGGGGACGACCGAGGAGGAAGCUCCCUUCGGCCUGGACGUGUGGAGGGUCCUCGGCCCGGCCCAGGCAGACGGACGGCGGCUCGUGGACCUGCAGUGGAAGAAGGCCCGAGGAACCCCACUCCUGGAGAGGACGCUCGGCUACCUCGUGCGGUACUUUCCGGAAAACGGCGCUCACCUCGCACGGACCAAUGACACCACGGACCAGCACCUGGGGCUGCACCUGGGCCGCGAGGCCUACCGGGUGUCCGUGGUUUCCUACAACUCUCUCGGACAGGGUCCCGCGGCCACCCUGCGGGUCCCCGCCGUCGCCGAAAAGCCGGUCCCGUGCAUCGAGGCCGUGCAGACCCACCUCGCGGGGGACCAGCUGGUGGUGACGUGGGAGAGCUCCGCCCCGGACGUGGACACGUGGGCGGUGGAGUGGCUCCCAGACCUGGAGUCCGCCGCCCUGCGCUGGGAGCUGGUGUCUGGGGCCCGGAACUGGACGGUCCAGCGAGCCAGGUUGCCUUUCUGGUGCUACAACAUCUCGGUGCACCCGCUGCUGCGAGACCGAGUGGGCGAGCCGUACUCCACCCAGGUCCACUUCGAGCAGGACGCCCCGUCCGCAGGUCCCGUGGCCAAGGUGGAGAACAUCGGCGUGAAGACCGUCACCGUCACGUGGAAGGAGGUCCCCAAAAGCCAGAGAAACGGCCUCAUCAGAAACUACACCAUCUUCUACCAAGCCGAGAACGGACAGGGAUUCUCGCGCACGGUGGAGCCCGGCACCCUGCGGUACGGCCUGGGGUCGCUGGCGCGAGGGACGCCCUACACUCUGCGGGUCAUGGCCAGCACCCGGGCCGGCGGCACCAACGGCACCAGGGUCAACUUCAGGACGCUGUCCGUCAGUGUCCUGGAGGUCUGCCUCAUCACCACGCUGGCUGGCGGCGGGCUGCUCAUCCUCACCGUCCUGGCGGUGGUCUACGGCUUCAGAAGACCCAACAAGCUGAAGCGGCUGUGUUGGCCGCAGGUCCCCAACCCCGCCCAGAGCAGCCUCGCCACCUGGCGCUGGGACGGCCUGCAGACGAAGCUGCCCCAGAAGCUGUUCGACGACUCCGUGACCGCGGAAGGCAGGGCGCUCAAGCCGCGCCCUGCCCCCAGUGACCUCAUCGACAAGUUGGUGGUGAACUUCGGGAGUUUUCUGGAAGAGGUUUCCUCGGAGGAAUCCGGAAAGGGCCGGGAAAACAUUUUGGGAGGGGAGAACAACGAGUACGUGACCUGCCCCGCCAGGCCUCCCUGCCCCCCCGGAAGGAGUCCCGGGGGGCCCCCCACGGCGGCCGAGGCGGCACCCGGGAAGCCCCAGCCCGGGGGGUCCGGGCGGCAGGCGGGCACCGGCCCCGGAGACAGUCAGCCGCUGCCCCCUGCACAGGGCGCCGGGCCGGCCCGCGUGCCCGGGGAGGGGGUGCCCAACCCCUACCUGAAGAACUCCGUGACCACCAGAGAGUUCCUCGUGUCUGAGACGCUUCCGGACCACGGCCGGCGGGAGACCUAGGCGCCCCGGGGCUCGAGGCCUCUGCGUCUCGGCACCCGACCCUGCAGAGGGGACAG